AUGCUGCCAAGCCCUGAUGACCUGUCUGAGUUGGACUCAGUAGAGGUUACAGAACCCCAGGAAACCCAAGCAUACUGCAAAUGUAAGAAGCCCUCAGGUCAUGUAUCUUCAUCCGAGAAUGGAUUUAUUAUUAUGGCUUUCCUCAAGAGAAAUGCUUUUGUUGUUCUUACAAUGGCCGCUGUUGCAUUAGGGAUUGGCCUGGGCUUUGCUCUACGACUCGUUAAUAUGUCAGCCAGGGAUGUAAAAUAUUUAACCUUUCCUGGAGAGCUGUUGAUGAGAAUGCUGCAGAUGUUGGUGCUUCCUCUCUUUGUUUCCAGUGUGAUUUCAGGAAUGUCAUCUGUGGACAGGAAGGCUUAUGGGAAAAUUGGGCUAAGGGCCUUCAGCUAUUACAUGGUCACCACGCUUAUUGCUGCAUUCACUGGCAUUGCCUUAGCUGUUAUGAUCCAACCAGGGAAAUCCUCCAGGGCAGCCUCAGUGUCCUCUAGUGGUAAUGCAGACGCUGCGCAGCCUGUGGAUUCCUUUCUAGAUCUAAUCAGAAACAUGAUUCCCUCAAAUUUGGUAGAAGCUUGUUUCAGAAAGGUAAGAUCUUAUAAAACACUUUAUUCCAGGAGUGUUUCUACAGGAAAGAGUCUUAGUGUCAUCAAUAUGACAGAGACCAGUAAAAAAAAUGACACAGUACCAGUGCCAGGCACCUUAGACGGAUUCAAUAUUUUGGGUCUAUUGGGCUUCUCUGUUGGCUUUGGCCUCAUCUUGGGCAGUAUGGACACUGAGGGAAAACCUCUGAGGGAUUUCUUUGACUGCCUGAAUAAAGCCAUUAUGCAUCUGGUCAACAUAGUCAUCUGGUAUUCCCCGGUAGGAAUCCUCUUCCUGCUGGCAGGACAGAUUGUGAAGAUGACAGACAUAGGAGAGAUAGGUCAUGAAGUUGCCAUGUAUACUCUCACUGUGAUUACUGGCCUCCUAACCCACAGCCUCCUCACCCUUCCCCUCAUCUAUUUCAUGGUCACACGUAAGAAUCCCUUUAUGUUUAUGGUUGGUCUACUCCAGGCUCUCACCACUGCCUUUGGUACUUCAUCCAGUUCUGCAACCUUACCUGUGACAUUUUACUGUAUGGAGGAAAAUCACAACAUGGACAAACGAGUGACACGCUUCAUGCUCCCUAUUGGGGCCACAAUGAACAUGGAUGGUGCAGCACUCUAUGAAGCUGUAGCUGCGUUAUUCAUUGCCCAGGUUAAUAAUAUGGAUUUUAACCUGGGUCAAAUCAUUGUCCUCAGUUUGAUUGUCACAGCUGCAAGCACUGGUGCAGCAGGCAUCCCACAGGCUGGCAUGGUAUCCAUGGUAAUUGUGUUGGAAUCAGUUGGACUGCCCACUGAAGACAUAUCACUGCUCAUGAUAGUUGAUUGGAUACUGGAUCGGCUACGGACUGCCACCAAUGUGCUGGGUGACUGUAUCGGUGUGAGCGUAGUGCAGCAUCUCUCCAGACAUGAGCUGCAGCGCCGCAGCCCUGCAGAAAAAACCUUGUUGGAAGAAAGCUCCCAGUUCUGA